AUCCUUCUCUCUCUCUCUCUGCGCGUCCUGACUCCUGAGUCCUGAUUCUCCUCGCACGAAUAUUGUCGUUACAACCAAAUCCACUUACAAGAUAGGAUACGGUAAGGAAGAAAACACCUCCGACGGUUCCUUAUCCCCCUGCCAAUUUGAGGAUGCCUCUUGCACCCUCACUCAUCCAACUCCCUUCCCUACACUCCCUCAAGCUCUCCACUCCGUUCCUCCAUGGCUGUACUCCUCUCUCCCUUCUUUCCAAACCCACUUCCUCUCUCGCCUCACCGACCCCAUCCCAUUCCUUCCUCCCUCCCAUCAGAGCCAUGAAGUCAAUGCAAGGUAAAGUUGUUUGUGCCUCAAGCGACAAGACCGUGGCUGUGGAAGUGGUGCGCUUAGCGCCGCACCCCAAGUACAAGAGGCGGAUUAGGAAGAAGAAGAAGUACCAAGCUCAUGACCCGGACAACAAGUUCAAGGUUGGCGACGUUGUGCAAUUGGAGAAAAGCAGACCCAUAAGCAAGACCAAGACUUUUAUAGCUGUGUCGGUGCCAGUUAAGAAUUCGAAGAAAAAAGCGACCGAAGAAGAAGUGCCAAAGGAGCUUGGGAUUCCAUUGGAGUCUCAGCAGCUGCAGCAGGCUUAGAGUGAGGCAUGUAUUGUCGUCCAUUUUGUGAUUUUGCAAUGCUUUUGUGCUCAGCUUUAUGUUAUGCUGUUUGAAUACAGGCUUAUUUGACGGGUAUCUUGGUGUUUGGAAUUAUGUUUUCGCUCAAAUCCAUGUAUUUUAAUGGUAUUUGGUAAUCGGAUUUAUAUUUUA